AUGGUAUCCUUGGUCAACCUCUUAGCCGCUGUAUGCUUAGCAUCUCCAGUGCUUGCAUCUUCAGAUGGGUUUAUGAUCUAUCAUAAGAACCAAUUAACUGUGGAUGCUUGUGAAUCUAUUAUUGAGAAGACUGCUACCCUCUUUGGAAAAAAAGAUGAAGCUGCUUUUUGCAAUGUCAAGAACCAGCCUGCCUUGGGCUCCAUGGCUCAGUGUUUGAAGCAAAUGCCCAACCCUAAGGCGGUUGGUGUGUUCAUUGAUGGAUGUUCUGAGUAUAAUUUGACUGAGACUCAGUUCUGGGACGCUUACAAGAACGCCACAGACUACUUGGUCACCAACACUUCCGCCGUUCCAGGCUUUAAUAAGACCAAGUUGUUUAGUUUGCCUGUGAAGAUCUCUCAGAAGAAGAUCGAUGGUGCUUACAAUUCGGUGUUGCACAGAUACUACAACUACAACUAUGCUCACUACUACAGUUGGGUUCUUCUUGCCUACUGGGGAGUUGUGGUGCUUAUUGCUGGUCUUUGUAGACUUGCCAAGUUUGCUUUCCCUAACUUUGUUCACUCUUUGAACGGUAAGGUUUCGAAUACUUACAGAAAGUACAUUACGUUGCCAGGCUUGUUUAAUGGAAAAGUUAGUGAACAUGGCAUGAUCUUCAAGGCCAUUCAAUAUGUCAUUCCAACGAGAUUGGAGACCAUUCUCAUUUUCAUCUGGUUCAUCUUGUGCUUGGCCUUCAACGUUGCUAACUACCAGCAUGAUACCCCUAACGUCGUCUGGCCUAUGAAGGAUACCGAAAUGGGCAGAAAGGUAGCAGACCGUACUGGUGUUAUUGCUAUCUACUUGAUUCCACAGCUUGUCUUGUUCGCAGGAAGAAACAACUUUAUGGAAUACAUCUCUGGUUGGUCGUACUCAAGAUUCAAUAUCAUUCACCAGUGGUACGCUAGAAUUCUUUUCAUGUUGAUUAUCGCUCACGGUGCCGGUAUGACACUCAAUGGUAAAGGUGUUGGCAAGUACGAGAAACGUAAUGGUGAAUUGUAUAUGAAGUUGGGAUAUGUUGCAACCAUUGCAGCUGCUAUCAUGAUGGGCCAUUCGCUUACAUUUAUCCGUCAAAAGAACUACGAAUUCUUUGUUCUCAGUCACAACAUUUUGGCCAUUUUGUUCAUUGCUGGUGCCUGGGUUCAUAUCGCUGACCAUGCUUUCCAACCAUACAUGUACGCUGCUACAGCCGUUUGGGCUUUUGACAAGUUUGCCAGAUUUUGCAGACUCGCCUGGUUUGGUAUCAAGACCGCCGAGGUUCAAUUGUUUGACGAUGAGAACUUGAAGGUGAAGAUUCCUAGAAACCGUUUCUGGAAGCCAUUCCCUAUGGCACACUGUUUCAUCUACUUCUUCAGACCCAACUGUUUCUGGCAAUCGCACCCAUUCACCGUUCUUGACUCUGUUGUGGAAGACAAGGUGAUUACUUUCUACAUCAAGGUCAAGGGCGGCAUGUCCAGCAGCUUGUGUCAGUACUUGAGCCAGCAACCAGAACGCAAGGCCAAGAUCAAGUGUUCUGUGGAAGGUCCAUAUGGCCACAAAGCUCCAUUGCAGCACUACAACGAUGUCGUUUUCAUUGCAGGAGGUAGAGGUAUUCCUGGACUCUACUCUGGCGCCUGGGAUCUCACCAAGAGACAAGGUAACCAGAGAAUCAAGUUGUACUGGAUGAUUCGUCACUGGAACCUGAUUGAGUGGUUUUACGAGGAGUUGCAGAGACUAGAGGGCACUACGGUGCAAGCCAUUGUUUACGUGACGCGUCCACAAGAAAGAUUAAGCUCCAGCUUUGUUCAAUCGUUCGAUGACGGCGUGUCCAGCGACGAAAAGAAGUCAGAGCAAGAGGAUGUUGACAUUGCAGAAGCGUUACGCAGCAAGUUCCCGUUUGUUGAGUUCAGAGAAGGACGUCCAGACAUGGAGAGCCUCAUCAAGGACGACAUUUCCGAAGCCCACGGCGCUGUGGCUUUUGUGGCCUGCGGCCACGGAUCGUUGGUAGAUUACCUGAGAAAAGUGAUUGCUGGUAACCUUCCAGAAGGUAAAAGGGUUGAUUUCUACGAUCAGAUGCAGACAUGGUAA